GCCUCGCCGUGCUGAGUAUACGGCUCGCCUUUUAUUCCGUGUCUGCAGCUGCCUCUACCUCUUACAUUUUUGGCCAUGCUCUUCAUCCUCAAACCCAUUCUACGUUGUGGCACUCGCUCAAAGUUGCCGGAGGCUCGUCAUCCGGAGCGAGACUCAGACAUGGAACGUUGCUACGAAACGACUGACUUAGACAAAGCUUGAGUCUCGCAUCGCCCCUACGGCUAGUAUAUAAGGCCUGAACUUGCGUUGACUGGCCUUCUUGACUACCCACCACCACUUGACUAAACUCGUGCAUCAGCAUCAACACUCCGCCAAGCACAGCUCCUCGUCGCGUUUACCCAAGUACACUCGCGCUCACCCCAUCAACACUCGUCAACAUGCACUCUCACUGCGAGCUGCCCACCUACGAGGAUGCCUACUGUACGCUCUGCGAUAAACUCUUUCACUCGAAGCAACUUCUUCGCCAGCACGUCGAGCAUUCUACCAACCACCCUCACUGCGACACCUGCGAUCGGCGGUUCUUGAAUAACCAUGCGAUGCGAAUGCACUUCGCUGCAUCGAAGAAGCACCUUUUCUGCGUCCACUGCGAGAAGCACUUCAAGACGCCUUCCGGUCUGCGCUGGCAUAACAACCACUCCCGGUGUCACCUUAAGCGCAACGGUUAUGACAUCCAAAGCCCCGCAUACGACGUGAGCAACGUCGACAUGAGCGCGCCUGACUGGGAAGAUAAGCUCGGCAUGCUUGAAGACGAGCAAAUGGCGGGCAAGGAGGAAGAUGUCCCCUUACCUUCGUAUGCUAAGCCAUUUUCUGAAGGCAGAUUGGACGCUGCUACUGUUAUUUUGCAGAAGAAGUACACCACCCAAGCGAAGGUGCCCGUACUCAAGCAGCGCUGCCCUAUCUGCCUCUCGACGCCAAAGACGGUCGUCGCCACGCAUUGCGGUCACUUGUUCUGCACACCAUGCAUCGAACAGGUCGUCGCGGAGAAGGGAUCUUGCCCGACAUGUCGAAAGCCCAGCUACAAGGUGCAGCUGCGCAAGGUCGACUUGAGGGUCUUUUGAUACUACCUACUCCUCCGCCGCUGUCUUGCACAUUUUACCCAGCCUCUUGUAGAUACCAUGAAUGAAUACUCAGUCGAACAGUGCAC